AUGGGUUUCACGGAGUUAACAAACCCGCACAAAGCCAGCAACUUGCCAGGGUUUGUACACUCGUCGUUAAUUAGUUAUUGAAUCGUAGUUUGGGACAAGCGCAUGACACGAAGAGGGCCAUUCAGAUCGGUGACACUUUUAGAUAGUAGAAUGUUAAAAGUACAACAACUAGAACAGGGCCUGUUUAACCACGACAAAAAAGUGUAAACAGCCUUUGAAUUCGGGCUCAGAAAAAAGGCCGCAAUGGGAAAGUGUGGAAAUGUGGAAAAUUAACUGGAAAAUUUAAGCUUUGCUGGUGAUCAAUUAUUGAUAAGAAAGGCGUGUUUUCAUUUUAUAAAUUCACAUGAACCCCAUUCUGAGACAAGCGAAAAGAAAUGGCUUUUAGGAAACAGUGAAAUUAGGGCUUUCUACUAUUCCUUUCAAGAAUAAAAGGUUUUUUUUCUACCGAGACUAAUUGGUUAUGGCACUUGGUGAAUGGCAUAACUUAAAAUCGCUGUUUUACCCCAGUGGUUGCUUCCCUGCAAGUUAAUUUAGAAAAAAGCAGGCUUUUUCAAAGCAAUGUGGCCACUGCCGGCCGUGCAGUUUUUGUUCCCAGUUGUACUAAUUCUAUUUCCGCGUGUAUGACAUUUGCACGCGAUGAAAUCCACGCUCUUUCUUUUACUCUUUCUUACUCGGCCGUCUAACUUUUCGCAUCAAAAAGGUUUCCGUUCGUAGCAGCGUGGAAUAACUUGUUUUUUGUUGUUGUUUCUAGUUGUAAAAGCCAUAGCGUUUUUUGAAUGCACUAUGCUAUAUACAGUACUUAUAUGUUUCUUCCUUAUCAACAGGUAUAGAGGUUAUUGCCCUCAGCUGAAAUAUGAAUGUGGUCACACAUACGGAAUCGCUACAGAUAAACUCACUUCAGUAAGAGAAACUUCACUAAAAUGCAAAUAUUGCUUUUGCUUAAGUUUACUAAACUUAACCCCGCAAACAAUACCGAGAACAGUUCUUGAACUUUUGCACCAUGCAUAUAUAUACACCGCUUUUGUUUAAUUGUCAACGUGGAAAGCACACAAAAGACCGCACGAAAGAGUUAACUUUCAAUUCCAAAGCUCUGGAAAGUUUCUUUAAAAUAAAGCAUGCAUAGAUUCUGGCGAGACAUCGCUAUGUAUAUGGUUAUCCCAAAGGUAUACGUACUUAAUUCGUUCUGUCGUUUAACUAAGCUCGAGCAGUUUAAACUUUCUAAUUUCAGAAUCAAAUUACAUGUGCAAACACAUUUUUAGUACAUGCAAAGUCCAUUCAACUUCACUCUUGUCAGUUUUUAAUGUUACGUUCUGAAUAGGCAUAAUUUGUCAAGUUUGCUGUUGUAGAAACUAAUAUAGUGUUUAUUGCUCCACAGAGACACAUGCGUAAUGAGAAGCUUGUCCCUACGACAUUACCAGAUCCAAAGGAAAGAGAACCAUAUCUGCCGACACCGAAUGGUGACAACAAGCUCACGGCAGGAAUGGUUCCGUAUUAUACUGGUCAGUAAUACAAGCUAAAUAUAGUCCUCAUUCUCUCUAGCUCGGGUUAACCCUUUACUAAAGUCAGUAUUGGCCAGUCGCGGACCGAUCAUCUACUUGAAAAUGAAAUAAGUAGUAUUUGCUAAGACUCAGCCGCCCUGCAUAUUAAUAUUGUUUUUACAAUUUAACUAAUCAUGCUGGACAGUCCUGAUUAAUAGUGAAAUUCUCUUUAUUGCUGCACCGGUCUGGCCGGUCAGCUUUGACAAAUGGUAAGCGCCCUUAGUAUCCCUUUGUCAGUGGCUAGGAACAGCAUUGUAAAUCCGACGGAGACUUUGCAAGACAUGGGAGAUAUUGGUUAAAACUCCGAGAUCGGGACUUUUGGCUACUAUCAACAAAAUCAAAGACCGAUAUUUUUACAUGUUUUAUAGUUUCCAGUGAUGAGCAAAUUCAAGCCCGAGACUAAACUGAUUCUAAGAGCUAAAAAGGUUUCGAAACAAAAAAUUUCUCCAAAGUUCAAGAAAAGAACUAAAUCUCCAAAUGUGUGCUGUAUGUUUAUGCAUAAAUCGCUGCUUAAUUACGGUAUACGGUAUAGAGCACAGUGUCAGUUAGGGGAACCUUCCAGACUUAUUCAGAAUUCGAGACGUUGUAGAGAAGGUCUUGAUUCUAGCGCUAGCGGGGCCGAGUGAUUUCAAGACUCCAACAUGAAAGCCGAAUUUAUUUUGUUGUCAGAGACUCGUAAUUUUUGGAUAAGCCAUUAUACAUAUCUGUUAACCAAUCGCCUGACCCAUGUCCACACGACUUCGUUAAAAUUUGUAAAACCGCAAAUAUACAAACUUGUACAUGGUGAUAACUUGCUUCACAGGCAAGUGGACCGUAAACGCCGGAAUUUUCGUAAACGGCUUACAGAGCACGAAGACGGUUAAGAGAUCAUUGCACAGUGUGGAUCGCUAAGGAGUCGUAAUCGUUGUUUACAUGGCCGGCGGAACCACUGGCAGUCGCGCGUACACAACACCGUUUUCUCACGGAGUUACAAAUUUACAUACACGUUUGCAAGCGUUUUUUUUUCCUUAAAAAAAAAACACAACAUAGACCGCUGUUUCACAACCUUUAUCUGUAAAUGAGCUACUUUCGCUAUUAAUCUAAACUUUAAAAACGCAAUGAGACUAUCGUGACCAUAACGAAAUCACCUCUUUUUUUCCUUUAUUUUUUAAAGAAUAUAGUCUCUCAUAAACCUUCCCACGGUUUUUUCUAACUUUGACAUGGACAAGUAAGGAAGAAUCUAUCGACUCCGCUGAAAAGAGCGCCUUUAAAUUAAUAAAGUUAGCAAGUUUAGAAGUGAUUUGUUGAAAGCUCACGAAGACAAAGCUCUUAAAGUCGCGUUUGUAUUGGGGGGGGGGCACAAUCUUGCCCCCCACCAUACAAACGUUUGUAAAGUUUUGCAACUUUGCAGAUCUAUAUCUUCGCUCGCUUAAGACAAAUUGCUUUCGAAUUUGGAACGUUUUCUAAUUUUAUGGCGCUCUUUCUAGUGAUGUUGACGGAUUUUCCUGAAGUGGCCUAUGUCAAAAGUUGAAAAAACCGUGGAAGGGUCACUCUAUUAUUUUUAUUUCAAGUCCAGAUUAUUGCAAAAAUGUUUACUUGAUGGAGUCAUCCUUUUAAAUAACUUUAAAUAUGCACUAUUUUGGUUUCCUGCGACAGGUUUUGUGGGCUUUGUUUCAUGGAAAUUAAGAUAUAUGAGGUUGUCUUUAAUGAUGUUUACUGAAGGCUCACCAAGUUGCAAACUUCCUCAUUAAAAAAAUAUUAAUUUUCUUAAAAUACAAGACAUGUUUUCAAACUCAAUAACGACCCCUACGAAGACUAGAGUUAAACAAACAUAGUUAUCAUCCAAAAUAACUAAAUUUAAUCCUUUUGUAAACUCUCAGCUCUCUUCGACAGACAAUUAUGAGAUACAGCCCAUGUUAAUCAUAGAGUAUGCCUUAACUUUCGGGUCCACCUGCGAAAUUAUCGCUGUCGAGUGAUCAUUUUGAUGAAGCUUCCGCAUCAGUACUUUCACAGUAUGUUAUUAUUUUGUUUUCGAAAUGAAUAUAUUUACAGGGAAGAAACAAUAGUUCAAUUUGAAUCGAGUUAUAAUAAGUCUAAAUUCUUUUCUUUUGUUCUUCUUCCCUUUCUUCAUUUUCAGGAUAUGUCCCCACCAUGCGGUUUUUGUAUGGAUCCCGUUACAGAGAAGCUACGGAGCAAGCAGUUAGCAACUUUAUGAAGAAGGAUCAGACUCACCGAGCGGAACAGGACCAGUUGAAGAAAACUGUGUACAGCCAUUCAAAAUUAAAGCCUGUACCGAGUUACAAAGAACCCAGCAUGUAUCCCGAUCUUAGGCCAAAAUACGCCAAAGGUUACUUUCCUAGUAAGUGGACUACAAACCUGGUCGCUAAUCUACAAGAGUCAUUUGGUCAAUUAAGUAGAGUGUGUGGAUAGAAUCACAUAUUAUAACCAUUCAAAUGAAACCUCUUUAGCAGGAUUUUCACAUGGUAAUAUUUGUUACUGGUAAUUUUGCAAAAAGAUAUAUUUCAGGACGUUGUACAAAGCACCAGGAGCCCGUAACCCGGAGCGUGCGCAUUCGAAGUAUAAGAUAUCAAAAAGAAAAACUAAACGUUUGUAAAAGGCAAAAAAAAAUCAUUUUUAGGUCUGUAGGUUUUGGCUGACUGGUUUGUCGAAUCAAAAAUGUGCACCAAAAUCGUUCUAAAAAUACACUGGUCCAUGCAAACGCAGUGACACGAACGCAUGGAAGUUGCUCGCUCCAGGUUAUGGGCUCCUGAAAGCACUGGAUCGCUCCAUGUAAGGUAAUCCGGAUUCCGGAAUACUGAAUGCCGCUAACGAUUAGAAACCGCAAUCCAAGUUCCGCCGACAAAGGCUGUCUACUCUUAGAUAACCUUACACAGGGCGAGCUGGAAGAAAUACUACCGACUGUCACUGCCAGGCUUACUGCUGGUAGUGUAUUAAACAUAUGAGACGUUUAUAAAUAAUCGCUAAGGUUGGGGGCAAAAUAUAGAGCUACUUCGCGUGCAAUAGACCGGGAUCAAUAGAUCGGGUUCAGAUUCCAAGAGUGAACAUGAGACCGUUAUUUUUUCAUCCGAUUUGUCCUAAUGAAACAGUGAACAGGCAUGUGCCCGAAUAUAUAUCAGAGAAAUUUGCCUACACCAAUUCCAUUCACAGACAUAAUCUGCGGAGCUCGCAACACAAUCUCUUCGUUCCAAGACCAUACUGAGGCAUUUAAGAAUUUCUGGUAUAGGGGUGCUGUCCUAUGGUAUAGCCUGUCGGUCGAGUCUAAGCAGGCCACUAGUUCAAAUAAUUUUUUUAAUUCAAUUGAUUAGUGUAGGCAAGGUAGGCUACUAGUUUAAUUAAUUUUUCGUACUCUAAUUUUAAAAUUAGAUAAGUUUUAUGAUUGUAAUGACAUGAGUUUAAGUAUUAUAAACUAUUAUGCAUAACUUAUUGCUAAAGUGCAUGGCUCCUUGGGAGAGCACUUUUUAAUGAAAAGGACUCCGUGGUUAAAUAAAGUUAUUGAUUUGAUUUGAUUUGAUAUUUUUAACACAAUAGAGCAUUAGCCUUCGAAUACAGCCAUCUCUACUCGCACCUCGCCGCUAGGGACGGCUGCAUUCAUUAGCAGGCUAUUUAGCCUAACCUAAAAUCCCUUGUUGCCAUGACAGGUGAUCACCGUGAAUUCUGCGAGCCACCAGUACCAGGUUACACCGGCUAUGUACCUCGGAGGCGAGAACAUGACCUGGGAACUAGAUACGCCACAUGGACCAGGGACGGCUUUACUGACUCACUAGACAUGCGCAAUAAGCAGGAAAGCCUGGCCACCCAGAUUAUUGACGUCACAAGGUAACAAGAAGAUCUCUUUUUGAGCAAACCCGGUUUGUAGUUGCCUGGUUCAAUAAUUGAAUGAAGAUCUAAAUUAGAUUAGAUUUGAGCAAAAAAAUGACUCUUUAGGUUUCAUUUCUUGUGAGGCAGUCGAAAAGGAACUUAAACGUCUAUAAUUCUUUAUUUUUGACUGGAAAUGCAAUCUUUCAAAAUACUAGUCAUCGAAAUAUGGUCUUAUGGGCACUUCACUAUCUCUUUCUUCCAGAAUGCCUGUGUCAACGGUAAAAACCCUUAUUGCAGAGCAUGGAACACUCUACAAGAAAAUCGGAAUGAAGCCAAAAUAUACCGGAUACAUACCGCGUAAGUGAAUACCUAUUAAUAAGCCGUAACUUACUUCCUAGAUAUGCAAAUGUGAUGUAACUUCCCAUGAAUUAUGGGCUCCUGAUAACAUGCAAUAGAAAUUACAUAGCGAACAACUUGGAACCCGCUCAAAUUAACGUGUUCUUGAUUUGCGGCGUCUCGGCUUCAUGCCAAACGAUCAAAAACUGAGUCUUGAAAACAGGUAACAGAAUUGCCUCUGAAAACCCUGACGUCCACCAAAAAAAUCGAUGGAAGGAAAAUGAAUUUUCCUUCACCGCGCCCCAAAAAAACCGCCAGCUACGUCAGAAGUUAUUCUGUCAGUGUUGUUUUCAAUUUCCCACCAUCGAUUUUUGUUGGUCCAGAUGUACCUUAACACGUAUCCCAAAUCGGAUUCUUGUGGGUGAUUUGAUUAAAUUUUACCUUUUUUUACCAGUAUAUUUGGGGAGGUAAUCAUCUCUUUUGGUCCUCAAGGUCCAUGUUCCUCAGAGGCAGGAACGGCUUUCGACAGUGGCAAAAUCGGGUGAAAACACCGCAUUUUUUGUGUCACUUCCGCCACAUAAACCGGAUUGAAAACUAUACGCGAUUAUGCUUCCACGUUAUUUUCAGAUUAUCCUUUAGGAUUAGCCCCAACAAAACCGCCAGCUACUCAAUUAUUCUGGAAAGUGCUGUUUUCAAUUCAGUGUGGUGGAUAGUGGGGCCUGCUAGAUACAUAGACCAAUCCUAGAAUAAUGUGGGAGCACGAUCGCUUAUUUUGCAAUCUUUAUGUGGUCGAAGCGACGGAGAAAAACGGGCGGAAACAGUUUCAAAACAAAAUGCGGUGUUUUCAUCCGAUUUUGCCAUUCUCGAAAGCCGUUCCUGCCCCAGAAGAACAUGGACCUUAAGGACCAAAAGAGAUGAUUAUUGUACUAUAUAUACUGGUGAAAAAAAGUAAAAUUUCAUAAAACCACCCCCAAGAAUACGAUUUAUAUUUGGGAGACGUGUUAAGGUAGAUCUGGAAAACUGUACAUACCUGCGGAAAAAUUUUAGCUAUGCCCCCGUCUUCACCUUGCCGUCUUAAACUCCUACCGCGACAGAUAUGACAGUAUAACCAAGCCACGAACUUAUAACAUUAGUCAUUACUAAAUCACAAGGAAUAUAUUCAGUCCCGAUGUAUUUCAUUAUUGACUUUAGAUUUCUGUGUUAGGAGGGUAAUGUGCUCUGACCUGAAUUGAGAAAAUGUUCAUCAUUGAAGUUGCUUAAAUGCGUUGUUUUCUUCACUUUUUCUUUCAGAGCGUCGUUUUAGAUUUGGCAACACGUAUGGUGACACGACUCGUUCUUUACCAGUCUGCGUAGACACUCAAGGAUAUUCAAAUGGAAAUUACAUCACAACGCCUGUCAUGUAA